AGGCGACGAAGGAACGUGUGGCCUUUGCGGGCUCGCUUUUCCGCGGGUGGGUGCGUGAGGCGCGCGGCUGCCGGCGUCGGUUUCUCUUGUUCUUCCCUGCGACCCCCAGCUCCUGAUCACGGUGGCGGCUCGUCUGUGGCGAGAGAGCGGGGCCGGGCCAGGCUCUGGCCUGCCCCGCAAGGUGACCUUGGUCGAGUCCCCUGUCGCGCCGAGUCGCGGCACACGUCUUUGGCGCGGGCCCGUUAGGGACAGGGCUCUGGAGCGAUUGAGGAUACAGACCUAGAGCGGCCCCACAGGCUGCCCCGUGGCUGGGGACCGGCCAGGCCGCGGGGGGCGGUAGGGAGGAGAUGCCCCUACAUGUUAAAUGGCCAUUCCCCGCCGUGCCGCGGUUCACCUGGACCCUGGCCAGCAGCAUCGUCAUGGGCCUGGUGGGCACCUACAGCUGCUUCUGGACCAAGUACAUGAACCACCUUACCGUCCACAACAAGGAAGUGCUGUAUGAGCUCAUCGAGAACCGAGGCCCAGCCACCCCUCUCAUCACUGUCUCCAAUCACCAGUCCUGCAUGGAUGACCCUCAUCUCUGGGCAGGCCUGUGGAAGCCUUCCUUCUCUAAAUUAUUGAAGGUCCCACAGAGUCUUGGAGUCUUGGGAACAAAUCUGAGGACCUGUCAAGGAAACUGGGCGAGGGGCUGGGAGACCUGUAUCCUGUUUCCAGGGAUCCUGAAACUUCGCCACAUCUGGAACCUGAAGUUGAUGCGUUGGACCCCCGCGGCUGCAGACAUCUGUUUCACCAAGGAGCUUCACUCUCACUUUUUCAGCUUGGGCAAGUGCGUGCCGGUGUGCCGAGGAGACGGUGUUUACCAGAAGGGAAUGGACUUUAUUUUGGAGAAGCUCAACCACGGGGACUGGGUGCACAUCUUCCCAGAAGGAAAAGUGAACAUGAGCUCCGAGUUCCUGCGCUUCAAGUGGGGAAUCGGACGCCUGAUUGCCGAGUGUCAUCUCAACCCUGUCAUCCUGCCUCUGUGGCAUGUCGGAAUGAAUGAUGUCCUUCCUAACAACCCGCCAUACUUCCCACGCUUUGGACAGAAAAUCACCGUGCUAAUAGGAAAGCCCUUCAGUGUCCUGCCUGUGCUCGAGCGGCUCCGGGCAGAAAAUAAGUCCACCGUGGAGAUGCGCAAAGCCCUGACCGACUUCAUUCAGGAGGAAUUCCAGCGCUUGAAGACCCAGGCGGAGCAGCUCCACAACCACCUGCAGCCUGGGAGAUAGGCACUGCCCUGCCCAGACCCUGCCCUGGCUGCCUCAUGGUCCUAUGAUACGUGCCUCUGAGGCCUGCAGAAGAGGCAGCUCUGGGAGCCAGUCCCCAGCUGCCAGGCCCCCAGUACUACCUUUCUGUUCUUGCUCCUGCACGCAGCUAGGGCUGAGAAAUGGACUGAUGCUAUGAGCUCAGAUAGGGUUUCUUAGACAGAUUUCUUCAUAACCCUUAAAGGGUACCCUCUCCUAGUUGGUGAGCAUUCCAGCUCCUCUGUGGUUCUUCGGUUGAAGGAAGGGUCACAGCUGCUCUUUCCUCUUGGCCAGAAAGGGAGGAAGAAAUUUAGGUAGUGGCCUUCUUCCUUCUUGCCUUCAUGUGUUCUCUCCCAGUGCCGGCCUCUGAAGGGAGGGUAGUUGAAGUGAGGUGGAUGACUAGGCUGGAGCUCGGGGAGGGACCCACAAGGCUGUUGGCCUGGAGCCGCUCACCACCUCAUCAGGGACAGCCUUUUGCCACCACUUCCUUCUGCCUGACCUUCCCAGAGAACUGAGAGCCUCGGGCAGGGCCCAGCCCUGGGCUGCAGGCAAAAUGCAGCCCUUUGCCAGAGUGGAGCCCAAGUUCAAUCUAGGUGUGGCUGCAGACCUGGCCACUCCUCCCAUGCUGGGCCCCACCAAUUCUCCAUCGUUUCUGUGUCUCCAGCAUCACUCCUGGAGUUGGGUUUUCACAUUUUGUAAACAAUAAAGCAUCUGUGUUGUGCUGUUUUA